GAAAUAUCGCGAUAGCAGCGCUUUUUGCAAUUUGCUCAGAUGUCCUGGUUUGACUAAUGACAAUUGGUGCUCUUUGAAUUUUUGCUGAUGCUAGGAAAAAUUUAAUUGUCAUGUGUUUUUUGGUGUUAUAACAAUGUUUUAGGUUGUUAGCUGGACUUUAAUAAAGUGGAAAACUAUCACUAUUUUUAAUACGUGAGCGGCUUAUAAAUUGCAUUCCAUGACUCUACAGUUGUUACGCAUUAUACGUAAUUCAUUUACAUAUAAUUUACAAAACAGAAAAUAUUAUAAUUUAAAUCGCCAUUACACAUCGUUACGCGAACACCGUUAUAAUACGAAACACGAGCUCGUGGCGAUAAGACGAGAGAGGGGGGUACGUUACGGCGCGAGCGGUGCGGGUGCGGUUGCAACGCGAGUUCACUCUGUCACUCGGUCAUUACGGUAUUUCUCAGUUGAGGUUGAGCGUCCCACAUUACCGAUCUUGAAAGAAAAAGUGACAAUGCCCGAAAACAAACCGUUCCAACGACUUCCUAAAAAUGUCGUACCAAAACAUUACAAAUUGCAAUUGAUUCCUAAUCUCGAGAAAUUUACUUUUAGUGGUAAGACGGAGGUGAAAGUAUCGAUCGUGAAUUCUACCAAAGAAAUUGUACUCAAUUGUUUAGAUUUGGACUUGACUAGCGUGAAAUUGGAAUAUGGGGACGGAGGGGCCAACUCGACGCUCUCCCCUGACGAAGUGCGGUUAUCAACCUCUGAUGAAACAGCAGUUAUUGUGUUCGAAAAGGCUCUCCGCGAGGGUGAUGCUACACUUUACUGUGAGUUCACUGGCGAAAUCAAUGACAAAAUGAAGGGUCUUUACAGAAGCAAAUACCUAACACCAAGCGGCGAGGAGCGCUACGCUGCUGUCACACAGUUUGAGGCUACAGAUGCACGCAGAUGUUUUCCCUGCUGGGAUGAACCAGCUAUCAAAGCCACAUUCGAUAUUUCAUUAGAAGUUCCGGCAGAUAGAGUGGCUCUUUCAAAUAUGCCUGUGAAGGAGGAAAAGGUACAAGGGGAGAAAAAAUUGGUUCACUUUGAUACAACCCCUGUAAUGUCUACAUAUCUUGUGGCUGUAGUGGUUGGUGAGUAUGACUAUGUUGAAAUGACAUCUCGAGAUGGAGUUCUAGUUAGAGUUUAUACACCGGUGGGUAAAAGUAAGCAAGGAUUAUUUGCACUGGAAGUUGCUGCUAAAGUUCUGCCAUAUUACAAAGAGUAUUUUGAUAUUGCAUACCCCUUGCCGAAGAUUGACUUGAUAGCCAUUGCUGAUUUUUCGGCUGGUGCAAUGGAAAACUGGGGUCUAGUGACAUAUAGGGAGACUUGUCUCUUGGUAGAUGAAGAGCACACCUCAGCUGUGAGAAGGCAAUGGAUAGCUCUUGUAGUUGGUCAUGAGCUGGCACAUCAAUGGUUUGGUAAUUUGGUCACCAUGGAAUGGUGGACACAUCUAUGGUUGAAUGAAGGUUAUGCUUCAUUUGUUGAAUUCUUAUGUGUGAAUCAUUUGUUCCCUGACUACGAUAUCUGGACACAGUUUGUAACCGAAACUUAUAUAAGGGCUUUAGAAUUGGAUUGCUUGAAGAAUUCUCAUCCAAUAGAAGUGCCAGUGGGGCACCCGUCUGAAAUAGAUGAGAUAUUUGAUGACAUAUCAUACAACAAAGGUGCUUCAGUUAUUCGUAUGUUGCACAGAUAUAUUGGAGAUGAUGAUUUUCGCAAAGGAAUGAAUAUAUAUCUUACAAGACACCAGUAUAAAAAUACUUUUACUGAAGAUUUAUGGGCAGCUUUAGAAGAAGCUUCAAAAAAACCUGUAGGAGCUGUUAUGUCAACAUGGACAAAGCAAAUGGGCUUUCCAGUGGUGCAAGUAUGUUCUGAACAAAGAGGAGCGAAUCGUAUCUUGAAAUUGACUCAACAGAAAUUCUGUGCUGAUGGUAGCCAAGGUGACGAUACAUUGUGGAUGAUUCCAAUAACAAUAUCAACACAGGAGCAGCCUUCAAAGUAUCAACAGAAUAUUUUGGUCAAUCGACAAGAACAAGAAGCAUCCAAAUGUGGCCCUUUUAAUGCACAGAAAGAGUGCGCUUCAAUACAUAGUGCUAUACCUGAAAAUUAUAAAGUUGCUUUGUCAACUGUACUGGAUAAAAGAAGCCAAGAAGUUGUGUUGGAGAAUGUCGCAGAAACUUCAUGGGUCAAACUCAAUCCUGGAACUGUGGGGUACUACCGCACGCGCUACCCGCCCAAGAUGUUGGAGCAGCUAGUGACUGCUAUCCGUGACGGCUCGCUGCCGCCGCUGGACCGGCUGGGCCUGCUCGACGACUGCUUCGCACUGGUACAAGCUGGACAUACUCAAACUGCAGAGUCGCUAAAACUCAUGGAAGCAUUUGUUAAUGAAGAUAACUUCACGGUAUGGUCUACAAUCUCGAAUUGUUUGUCUAAACUGGCGGCUCUGUUCUCGCAUACAGCUCUGGAUAAACCUUUGAAGAAUUACGGACGAAAACUUUUCUCUGGCGUCACUAAAAGAUUGGGUUGGGACGCGGCGGAAAAUGAAAGUCAUCUCGAUACACUUUUAAGAAGUUUUGUACUGAACAAAAUGAUUAGUUUUGAAGAUCCUGUUACCAUUAAAGAGGCGAAAAUACGUUUCGAGAAGCACGCGGAGGGCGUGUGCGCGCUGCCGGCGGACCUGCGGUCGGCGUGCUACCGCGCGGUGCUGGCGGAGGCGGACGAGGAGACCUUCCAGCGCUUCCUGCGGCUGUACCGCGCCGCGGACCUGCACGAGGAGAAGGACCGCAUCAGUCGCGCGCUCGGCGCAGUGCGCGACCCGCAGCUGCUCAGGAGGGUGCUGGACUUCGCCAUAUCGGAUGAAGUCCGUUCCCAAGAUACUGUAUUUGUGAUAGUGUCAGUAGCAGUAAGUAAGAACGGCCGCGACCUCGCCUGGGAAUUCUUCAAAGAUCACUGGCAGGAGUUUAUGGAUCGCUACCAGGGUGGUUUCCUACUGGCUCGGCUGGUGAAAUCGACGACGGAGAAUUUUGCAUCUGAGGCGAGCGCUCAGGAAAUCGAGGAGUUCUUCCGCACGCACCACUCACCGGGAACUGAGCGCUCCGUGCAGCAGGCGUUAGAAACUGUGCGCCUUAACGCUGCCUGGCUGCGCCGCGACCUCGCAUCCACCGAUGCAUACCUCAAGCCUUACCACUAAACUGCACUCGACCAAAUGACAAGACUGAAACUACAACGAAAAUUAUUGUUAUGUUUCCAGCCGAGUUAUAUGUAAAAGCUAGCUUUAUUUAUGAAGAUCGCUAACCUUUGAAAUUUUAUACCUUAUAUUUGUUGUAGGUAGCCAAAAUAAUCUCAAAAUUUUAUUUGCAGCAUAAUAAUGUUUGUUUGGCGUUUUAUCGUAGUUUAAAUUAUUAUUUGUAAGACAUACAUUUCACUGUUGUUUCUCUAUAAUAAUUACACUAACUGCUUGGGAUAAAAAUAUCCACAUACAUUAUGUAUAAUUAAUUAUUGACUUGUUUUAGCAUUAAUUCCCUUCGUCUUUACAGUUUUCAUUCAUUAUUCCUUUGGCAGUGUUCUUAUAGUACAAAGUUAAAAUUCAACACUGCUUAGGGACAUUUCUGUUAAUUAACUUAACCAGAUAAACAUUUAACACAUAUUUGUUAGUGAAUUAUUAAUAGUCUUCUUUUUAAUGUUUUCACUUACCACCUACAGUAACUACGAACUACGAAGCUAUUGCUGGCGCAUCCACAUUACAUGUGACGUGUUAUGUAAAUGUGUAAAAAUAUUAAUUUAUCUUAGAGUUAUGUUACAAAAUAAUAUUGGUGGUGCUAAAUGCGGUUUUAAUUUAAUUCAUUCUUAUAGCUCUAACAUUUAUUUGGUUAUUAAAAGCUAGAUUAGAGAUGAAAUUAAAGUUAUUUUCGUAAUUUUUGACCAAUGUGCAAUAGUUCAUUUUUUGUCAAACUAGUGUUAUUACCUACUUACAUUUAAAAUUACGGCUUAUUGACAAGUUUAGGUCAGUAAUAUAAUGUGAUUAUGAUUUGUAGUUACCAUCAUUUUAAUUCAUUGUAUCAUUGAUUUUGUUUUGUAAGACUGUGUUAUUGCAAUAAAGUGUACAAGAGUACCUGCAAAAAA